AUGGCUAUCUUCAAUGCUCUAAGCCGGAUGGAAAUCCUUCGAGACGUGCAUACGCUUAUUUUGGAUGGACUAUCAGUCACAUCAGAAUUGGUCCGGGAAAUUAUAUGUGAAGAAUCGUUCAAUGUCCGCGUACUAUCUAUUCGAGAAGUACAAAAUCUGAAUGAACGGAAGCUCCAGCAAGCUCUACGAUACUCGAUUCGACCUAGUAGAGCUGCCAACACACCAAAGCUAGAGGCGCUUUACAUAUUCGGCCCCAGAGAUGCACCAUCAAGCCCUCGCAUGAAAAGGCAUCUCGCCCCAGGGUCUUCCACCAUUGCUUCUCCUCAAACUCUAGCAUCUCAUGGUGGCGUUAUGUCUUCUCGAGGUGCCCAGAUCGGAGCCCAGUGGAACGAAAUGUCCGAAAAUGCCCUUGCUCAUGACCUAGAAAAGUCGGGAGAUAAAUGGUAUGAGAAGAGUGGAAUACUAUUCGCAAAGCCCAUAUCCUCUGAAUGGGCGGAUACUGUUCUUUCCUGCCAAGGCAUCGUUAGCUUCGAUGCAAUUCUCUGCAACGGCCCUCGACACCACUCACGCGAGGCUUCCGCAAAUGGACAUAACGAAGGAAGCCCUAUCCCACCAUAUCGGCGAGCAUUAGCAUAUCUUCCACCGCGUUUGGCAACCUAUUCUACGGGAGGCUGCUGUAAGUGUGGCUCUGCUCCAGAAGGCUUCUCACUGUAUGGAAAGUCGUCCUUGGAGGCGUUACCUUUAUUGGCUCCGCCACCGCUACAUAAUUCGUCGGCCAAGUCUGCAAAGGUGCCAACGAUAAGAGGCAGUGAGAUCAAGAAGCUUUUGGUCCGGUGUGUAGACUGCAUUCGUGCUAGAUAUUGCGAGGGCUGCCAUAAAUGGUGGUGUGAAGACUGCUAUGAGAUUCCCGAAGUUGCAGUCACACCGGUCGAAUCGUUACAGCCAUGGGAGGCUGUUGGAAGUAACCUUGGCGGUCAACCCGAGAAGAAUGUCAAGCCUCGAGUGCGGCGUUCGUGCUUCGAGUGCGGUCUCACUGGUGCACAAAAAGCGGCCGAAGAACAAGAGAGAUGUACUGAUUUGGUAAUGGAAACCUUUGAAAGAACCUCUCUGGUUAUCACCACGCCGGCGUACUACUUCUUUAUAUCAGUCAUCACAGAAUACUAUGUUUUUCAAGACAUCGUCUGUGUGGCAUGCAUCUGA